GGAAACGAUUUGUUUAUUUCAAGCUCCGUUUUAUUAUAAUUCCAAAUUUGACUUACGUUUAUGACAUUAAAUUAUAUAGUAGACAUUUAGAUAUGGCUUGGAAAACUGAAGUAAUACUGUGAAGACUUGAGUUCUGUACAUACAUGUGUGGAAUGAACUGCAGUCAUGUUGUGAUCGUUACACAUUCAAUAUGAGGAGAGGGCAUAGCUCUACCAAUGCUCUCCUACAGAAAGUUUCGUCCCAGCUGAAGGGCGAGCGGGUGCCAAUCAAGACCCGUGAAGAGGAUGAACUGACAGCCUAUCUUACUUCACUGGCACUGAAAACUUCUCAACAAACGAAAUCAGUGAACUUUGAAGACUAUGGAGAGAACAUUUCAAUUUCCAGUGACAGUCAUGUACUGUCACAAUCUUCUGCACACCAGAAGAUUCCCAAACUGUCGGCAGAAGGCAGCAAAUUUCUCAAAAAGAAAACAUCUGAGAAACCACAGGAAAAUUCUGCCUCGGUGUCCAAACAGCGAUCAGCCAUGCCUGUUCCGAUAUCUUCAGCCCAGAAAUAUUCAUCUGCGGCAUCAUCUCUGAAAAAAGCUGCCGCUGUGGUACAGAGUAUUCCUGAGAGAAGACCGUCACCAUCAGCGUAUAAAUCCUACAUUGAGACAGACACGGAGGACACUAGUGUUAGUCUGGCCAAGUACAUGCACCCGCGACCUCGGUCGGCAUCCGAUCACAGCAUUGGCAAAGAUGGAAGUCGAUUUUUGCGGAAAUCUCAGGAGAAAAUCGGAGAAGGAGAUAUGCGCUCAAGCAGACCUGCUGUGGCUGAUAGAUCAUCACCAAUACAUAAUAAACAACACGCUGCUAGAGAAAAAGUUCCUGAAUAUGCGUACAAGGGUUCUGUGAAGUAUGCAUCUAGUGUACACCUGACAUCAGAAGAAGAGAGUCUGGCUGAUUUCCGACAUCGUCUUGAAUCGUCAGACAAAAAGACAAGGAAUAAAUCAGCUGAGAGGAUGAUGCGAGCUCAGUCCCCGUUUCGACAGUCUCCCCCUCCUGACCGGCCCAGUACGAGGAGGCGAAGUUCUUCCUAUGGGAGUCCCCGGCGGACUCCCUCUCCCCAGGGUGUUCACGCCGCACACUCGCGGUACUCCCGCUCUGUGUCACAAGACUCUGACAAUGUGGAUUCCAUCAUUAGUGAGGCAAUGGACUCAGCCGAUUCUUCUCCAGACCAGAUACUUAGCAUGGUCAAUCUUAUGGACAUUGACUCAUUGGAGCCAGCAUUGUUAGCACCUAAACCUCAGGUCACAUCAAAGAACAAAUCAGGGAAAAAGGACUCUAAAUCACAGUUACUGAAUAAGCAAACCACAGUUAAAGAUUCACCUUUCAAAGCUAAGAAAGAAGCUAAAACAGAGUCUGUGUUUAAGGCAAAAGAAAAGAGUGACUCAGUAUUUAAAGUAAAAGACUCCCACAAAGAAUCUAAAGGAUCUGUGUUGAUGGCUUCCAGUUCAGAUUCCCCUUUUAAGCCUAAAUCCAAAGGUACAGAGAAAUUGGUGUUUAAGGCUAAAAAUCAAGUCGACAGUUCUAAAGGAUCCAUUUUCAAAAAGGAUAAUAGAGCUGUCUCAAAAGCUACAAAAAAAUCAACUGGAGAUAGUGAUUUGUUGCAAAAGUUUGGCGUUAUGAGUGUCAAUGAUCUGUUGGGUGAUAUAGAAUCGGAGAAAACUGACAGCCUGGAUGGCGACAAUUCAGAGAUAGUUACAGAGAGAUCUGAUAUUUUUGCAUCACGAAACCGAGCGGAUUCCGUUUCCGAGGUGGUCACUCACAUGGAGCCAGUGAUGAAGCGACAGACGAGCCAACACUCACUGCAGCGCAAGAGUUCACCGGACUUCAGUGACCGGACUGCGAGCAUCAGUGAGAAAAUCGGCAUCCAGAGUUCAGAGCGAUCUGUGAGCGACAGCAGGCGCAGAAGUCUGUUAACGGAUGACGAUACGGGCCCACAAUAUACAGAGGACUUUGAAGAAGACGUCGCUGGAUCUACUCUCAGUGAAAGCAGCAGUAUUGAAUCUGAGGUGGAGCCUACAAAAGCAAAAAAAUCUCGGGUUGAGAUGAAAAGUGCAGAAGUACAGACAGAGAAACGACCAGGGUUGUCGUACAAGUGGGACUUGACGGCGUCAGGACUGGCCAUCUCAGGCCCUGGCUAUGGACUCGAUUUUGUCGACCCUACGCCAAUUGCGUCUCACGUUGUCAGUGCAGAUGCACUAGAAGCCGUCACGUCAUACAGUCCUUGCAUGCUGGCUCUGCAUGAUCUCCUCAAACAGCAGUUGGCUCUCACUACGAACUUUCUUGAGGUCCAAAACCGUCUGUAUGAAAACUACACGAGUUCCAUUGAAAGCAACUACCAUUACACCACAUUGGAAGCAACCAAAGAGUACAUCAAGAAACAUCGUAAACCGCGACUGACCUUCAAGAAGGCUUUGAAGAUGGUUACUAAUGAAAUGGACAGAUGACCAAUGUGUAGCAUGUGAAUUUUAAUACAAUAUCCAGGUGCAAAAAUUCCCAUGUAUGGUCAUCAUGUGAACUUGUUAGAUUAAAAGAUGUCAAAAUC